UUUAACCUAUUACUUGCCACUUGGCAAUUGACUAAUCCAUUUUUGUUUCUAAUGACCGCCAAAACCAAGAAUCCUCACUUUUCUUUUAUUUUCCUUUUUCUUUCUCUAACCUAAUUAAUUCACCACCGUUUCACAAAGAAAUCUCUUCAUCUUCACUCCAAUCAUCUUCCCAAAAUACAUUUGGUUUCCUUACAUAAGAAUGAAAAUCGCUGGAUCUACAUAUAAUCAUUGGAUUCGAUUGUUCUGCUUCUUCAUCGACGCAUACUUUUUCUUUUAUCGGCGAUUCAUAGAAGAUUCUGAAAUCGAUAUACAAAUCCGUAUUUACUAUGGGUGAUAGUUCAUCAAGUUACAGAGCACCCUGGUUCUGUAGGGAAAUGAGUCGAGCAGACCAAGUUAUUAUGGCCAUACCAGAUGACGCUGCGUCUAAACUAUGGGGUGUUGACAAAGGCCCUACUAAUGUUACGAUACACACUGAAGAUGGCAGUGUCUUUAAUGUUUUUUUAAGCGCUUCUAAAGGGAAGAUAUUUUUUUUUAAUGGUUGGUCCAAUGUUGUAAUACACUUGGGACUAACCAAAGGGUGUUUGGUAGUUUUUAAUCCACUAGAUCCUACAACUUUUAAAUUAACAAGUUUCAUUGAUGGGGUUAGUCGUGGCUCUUUCUGGACAUAUAUGCUAUCUCCGUCAUGUAAUUUUUAUGACAUCCCUCAAAGUACUUUGCCCAAAAGUUACGAUUAUUCCUCAAAUGACGUAACCUCUACUGUAAUGAUAGACAACAAAACAUUUAACGUUUCUAUUGUAACAUACGACGGUAAAGUCGGUUUUACCGUUGGUAUGGACGUAAUUGUUAGUCUGUUUCAGUUGGAGGUUGGUUGUUUAUUGUUAUUUACUAAAGGUUUUGGUCAUUUUUUCUAUUUAAAAGUUUUUGGAAAAAACGGUGUUGAAAUCAAUUAUCCUGAUGUAGAUGCUGAUGAGGCUGAAGUUCCACCCUUAGAUGCUGAAAACGAACCUGAUGAACACAUAGAUGGUUGUGUUACAACGUUUGUUCGUAUGGCUGGUGAAGAUUAUUUUAGAAUCCUUGAUCCUGUUUCACGCAAGGCUAGACUUGAUGAAGGCUUAAAGGAUUUGAACAUAAGAUUUUUGCAUAUGGAUCCUCCACUGCAAAUUACCAACGGUACAAGACGUGAAAAAAGAUCCAACGGUCGUGGUUAUCGAUACGCUUUAACCUGUUGGAAGAAGUUCAUGAAAGCCGCUCGGAUUAAGGUCCGUGACCAGGUUCACUAUUCUUUUGAUGAAAAUGAGCAGGUUUUGAGUGUUGUGAGGGUUGUACCUUACGUUAAGCGUACUAAGUAG